CUAUACCUGAAUCUCGAAUAUCCUUAGCCCCUCUCACAUCAGCAAUCAGUCCUUCUCCUCACCUGAUCUUGUUGGUCAGAUAAAACUAUCGGAAACAUUCUGGCCUUGGUGGAGUUGAACAACUACUCAUUGAACUAAAAUAACUUUUUUCAACGUUCAAGCCAAAGCAACCCAGCAACAUAAAACUUGUUCAGAAGACCUUCACGAGAAGACCUGUCAGUCCCCGAAUCAGUCUGGAAACAUCAUCUCUAACUAGCCUCCAGGCUGGCGCUCUGCGAGGCUAAUUCAACAACAUGGAACCAUUCGCAUCGAUCAACGCGGCUAUUUCAAAAGGCCAACAAAGUCAGGAAGACAUCGAACUCAACACCUUCGAAGCAUUGGAUAGAGGUUUCGCAUCAGCGGAAGAGAAACAUGGUCAACUGCUUGAUUACAACUGGCGGGAUUCAAUCACCUCUAAGGACCCACAAAACCAUCCUGACAACUUCCCGCGGUUGAUAUACUCUCGUCGUACAACCUACGAAGAGAAAGACUGGUUACCUUACGACCAGCUGUUUUCCCUUAUCAACGAAGAGACCGUGUACCAGGAGCUAUCUCGAUCACUAAAGGACCAGAAAGGAACAUCCGCCUCAUGGGGACCUCACAACAGUGGUCUCCGCCGCAUAGCCAAAGAGGUCUGCAAGCCGAUUGACCUUCCCGGCCAGCAUAAGAGAUCAUUCAAAUCAUCGAGAAGGGGAAUUUUCGCAGCUCUGUGUUUAAUGAAGGACCACGGCCCGAACCUGCUGGAAGAAAUCUUAGCUUUCCUUGAUAGUGGCAUCAAGGACUCGGAUUUGCCUUUAGCUUCGGACGAGGGACAAAACUCGACUGGAGCUUUCGAACUCUCAAGGGCCAUUGACCCGUCCCGAAAGCCACUGAUUUCCCGCGGCUGGAAUCAUAAUACCCUCAAUCUCUUCAAGGUGUAUCAGACCUGGGUAACAUCGCCAUUCUUCGAUCUGAGCCAGAAGGAGGUCCCGUUCUACGAUCUCGCACCGACUGAUGUGCUGCCAUUUGUAAAGGAAGACAACAACGCACUCAAAACUGAUUGGGGAUAUCACGGCACUGUGCGAAAGGUCCAGAUUCAUCCAUCUCAUCAUAAUUAUCGCGGG